CAGGUCUAAGAGAUGGAGGUAGGAGCACAAGCCCCUGUGCUUCACCGGGGUGAUUCAUUUCCAUGCAAGACUCAGUGCAGUGCAAUAUUUUUAUCCUGCUACAACUGAAAAAUUUCAAACUCAGUUAAUUACUAUUUCACAACUUCUUUCUACUUCUGCCAAAUCUCCUCUUUUUCUCCCACCAGAAACAAAAGCAAACUAAAAACACAUCAAGAGAUAAACUUCUAAAGCUGCUGAAAAUUUACCGUAAGAGUCAAGCCUGCUUCUGAAAGUUUCAACUCACCCAAUCAGACAACAGGCUGACAGAAAGGAGGCAUUUAUCAAGUUACACGGAGGACUCCAUCUGUUAUCCUAGACCUUUGUUACCAAGUGACUCAAGAGGACAUACUCUAAGGUAGUUUGAAAGAGUUUCAUUUUACAGAUUCUUAGUUCAAAGAUUUCAAUUCAGAAAGAAGAAACAGCACGAGAGGAAAGAAUCCAAGUAUGAGUGAUGGAGAAAACUUCAUAGGCUGACAUUCGACCCGGCAAGAGCGACCGUCCAUGGUGAAGUUGCCUUUUCAGCCGGCACCCAUCCCUUUGGUUUCUAUAAUAAACGCAGGCACAGAGGCAGCCUCUUCUCCAUGCACACAAAAGUCUUUCUUCUGAACUGCACCCUCACCACAGCUGUUUCCCAUCAUGUCCAACCAACAGAAGAAAAUCAUUUUUUGCAUGGCUGGGGUGUUAAGCUUUGUGUGCGCUCUAGGGGUUGUGACAGCUCUGGGGACACCCCUGUGGAUUAAAGCCACCAUCCUUUGCAAAACAGGAGCUCUGCUUGUCAAUGCCUCAGGACAGGAGCUGGACAAGUUCAUGGGCGAGAUGCAGUAUGGGCUUUUCCACGGAGAGGGCGUAAGGCAGUGUGGGUUGGGAGCCAGGCCCUUUCGGUUCUCAUUUUUCCCAGAUUUGCUUAAAGCAAUUCCAGUGAGCAUCCAUGUUAAUGUCAUUCUCUUCUCCACGAUCCUCAUCGUUCUGACCAUGGUGGGAACAGCCUUCUUCAUGUACAACGCUUUUGGCAAACCCUUCGAAACGCUGCACGGUCCACUAGGGUUGUAUCUUUUGAGUUUCAUUUCAGGCUCCUGUGGCUGUCUUGUCAUGAUUUUGUUUGCCUCUGAAGUGAAAAUCCACCACCUCUCAGAAAAAAUUGCAAAUUAUAAUGAAGGGACUUAUGCAUACAAAACGCAAAAUGAAAAAUACACCACCUCCUUCUGGGUCGUUUUCAUUUGCUUUUUUGUUCAUUUGCUGAAUGGGCUUUUAAUACGACUUGCUGGAUUUCAGUUUCCUUUUUCAAAAUCGAAAGAUGCAGAGACAACAAAUGUAGCCGCAGAUUUAAUGUACUGAGAAGCAAGCAUUGUCAUUUUCCGACGAAGGAAGUGGGUUUGCUUUGGCCACUCUAACAGAGUUAAUUUUAUCCAUCCUUUCAGGCUGUGUAAAGCACCAAAACCCUCCACAACAAUGUUUAAAAAUUAUGAACUAAGGACAUUGGAUGGAAAGUAAGGGAAACUUCUUUGUAAUCUUGUUUACCUGGUGGGAAGUCCUUAACCCAGGUAGUCAAAACAAUUGCCUAGAAUGGACAAAUUGUUACUCUGCAUACAUAUCAAAGUACAAGAUGCCAGCCAGGCAUGCUGGUGCACACCUGUAAUCCCAGCACUUGGGAGACUAAGGCAGGUGGAUCACAAGUUCAAGAGCAGUCUGGGCUACAUGGUAUCUCAAAAGAAAGAAAGAGAGAGAGAGAGAAAGAAAGAAAGGAAGGAAGGAAGGAAGGAAGGAAGGAAGGAAGGAAGAAAGAGAAAAGAAAGAAAAAACAAGGUACCUUUACCAUCACCAAGAGAAUUGGCAGGCACAAAGAAUAUAUGUUAUUAGAGACAAAUACUAUAUCUGUAUGUCCAUGUAUUUGUUGCCACAGAUAUCAUAAAACAGACUGGAAUUGCUUUUAUCAAAUAAUAGUAUAUUAAAUGAACUAAUUUACUUUUUAAAAUAAAAGGUUUAAAACGUAGUCGAUCCUUUGGUGAAAAUUUACAAACCUCUGAAAGCAAGCAAAAAAAGAAAGAUAUUUUCUCUCCUGUGUUUGAGUCAUAACUAUACUCACAACUACAAUCAAAAACUACACUCAACUUUCAAUGAAUGUAAUUGCUGGAACAAUGCAGGAUAAUCUGGAUGGUACAGAUGAUACAAAAGGACUCAUCAGGGCUGCUGUUUCUAGCUGACGGUCAUGAGCCCUCACUGCCCAUUAUAAAAAGUGCAUUUAUACCAGAUUACAAUGAUAUCAUGGAGUCGUGUUGGAUGAGCAGUCACAAACCACCACUUGAAGACAUUUUUUUCUGAGUUACAAUGAAUUUGACCUGCAGUUGGCCAAAGGCCACAACUUGACCCUUCCUCAACCUCAAUCUUCUCAGGCUCAAGGGAGCACUCAGGAAAAAGCAGAAAAGGAGGAAAAACACGCCACGCAGCAGGCCCCGUCCACAGGUGCUGUGCAUUAAGAACACACUGCCAGGUCUGGGCCUGGACGCUUGCGGGGGGGGGGGGGGUCCUGGCCACAGGUGCUAGCUACUUAAAGACCCUCAGAGAUGGGGUUUGCAAGUGAUAAUUAAAACAAAAUAGCUUUUCUUUUUGGAAUGAUUUGGAAGGAAGAAAACGACUAAUGGUAGACCCACUAAAUGAUUGAGGUGGUGGAUUGAGGUUCACGGGCAGCCAUCAAAACACACCUAGGUCUCCAGGUGCACUGUACACACACACACACGCACGCACGCACGUAGACACACACACUGCCUUUUGCAGCACAUUUGAGACUGUCUAGAAAUCUACAUGUCAGUCUGGCUGCAGAGGGGCAGGUAGGCACGCAAACCUCAAGCUGAAAUGGUGGGUCUCCAAGCUUUGGUGAUUGGUGUGAGCCAGAAAUACCAGGCCACCCAGAAGCAAGACAGGGAUCUUUGGGUCAAAGGCUGGCUUCUCUCCUCAACCCAGCUCUCCCGUGAUCUCUUUUCUCAGAGGCUUAGAAAACUUCUAAAAGCAACUUUUUUCUGUAGAAAACAAGUUUCUGGCUAUUCUCUGUUCUGUACAAAGAGAAAGAGCAGCUGCUGAAAAUCUAAUUUGACCUAGAGGCAGACCAACAGUAUUUCCUCCAAGAGCAGUAGAAUCAGCCUGUCCAGAUAUCCCCACAAUCUUCCCCUGAAGAUUGUGCAGAAUGCAAAACCACAAUGGUUCCUUCCCUUUUCUCACAGAUAAAAUGCUCUGUGACCCUUAUAGCAGAAGUCUGGUCAGUAUCUGCUCCGUGGCUCUGUCUGAGGGAUCAGAGGCCCAGAACUAGCAUACAUUUUGUGAUCAGUAUCUCUCCGUGGUGGCAGCAUUCUCACAUGGACACGGGGCCCCCUGCUGGCUCUGGGACGGCAAGCACCAUGCCAGGGUAGGGCACCCAUCUCAUUGUCACCUGACACCCAAAUACCAACGUUUGUGAUGCUGUGCGACAGAAGUCUGAAUGCUUCUGUGCUCAGUUCUCCCAGGAGGAUUAACUGGCAGUACAGAAUUAACUGGGCAGCACCCCACCCUUUAGAUAACUGGGUACCUCCAGUUCUCAAGUCUUGUGCCCUGGUCCCAUCUGUUCAUCAGAGAAGUGGCUUGACCCUCACCUGGCAGGCGUUUGAAAGUGAUCAGUUUGGCUGUGACUCACACAUUUAUGUAAGUCUAGGAUGACAGAGGCAGGGAUCGCAAGGUGGAAAGGGAGGGGAACGAGGCUGCCCCUCCCUCCUCUGGUGAGGAAGGGGGUGUGCAUUGGUAACUUCGGGUACACCAGCUCCAAGGUAGGCAUGGUUGACUGGUGUCAUACACAGUCAUCCCACCUUGACCCGGAGAAAGCUAAGUCAGAACCAAUGGAGAGGGAAGCCUGAAGGGUAGGAAGUGGGAGCAAGGUGCUGGCUUGCCUCAGUGACAGCCAGUAAUAGUUAAAGACAGUGCAGCUGUUAUAAAAACACUGACUUAAAACCUGUCCCAAUCCCUGCCCCAUUUCACUGCCUGCCACCACGGUGCAUUUUGAUACUUUUACCCAUGCACCUAAGUGUACCUGGGUGAAUUCAGAGGAUCCUGGCAGGUGGUUCCUGUACUAUCACAGUAUGCAGUGUGGACGCUAGUGAUGUCUCCUCUCUCCUCCCCCUUCAGCAUGGAAGUUGGUUGUGAUUCAAGGCUGAUGGCUGCCCACAAGUGACACAGGACAGAGCAAUGCUGGUCAGCUGAGAAAAAACAGUGUUCAUUCCUGAAUGCUAAAGGGCAGAGGGAAAUACUGGGCAGGACAUGGGCCUUGGCUUGUGGGCCAAGAUUCUCCCUUAGGAAAAGUCUUCUUGCUCGUGAAAACACUGAUGUAAAAUGAAUUAAAUUAGAUUUUGAUGUACAAACUUUGCUGCUGCUGCCCUCUGACACAACCAGGAACACUUGCAGGUAUUAUACCUGGAACCGGUGCACACUGGGCUCUCUGGAAAGUCUAAAGAUCCACAAUGGAAAUCUCCAAAGUCUCCCUGCCAGUGCUGAUGAGGAGUCUCAGACAAUUGUAAAGUCUGAACUGAGUGGGGUAGGGCGUGACUGUUACUGAAAAGGCAAUGCCUUAUGGGAUCGUGUUUCUCUGCUAGAACCUUGAUCUGACAGAUUUCAACCCACUCAGAAAGUGGUAGAUAGAAUGAGCUGUAGAAAUCCCCCUUCCUGUUGUAAGGUUAUGAAUCCAGGUUUGAAGAAGCAGAGACCCUGCCCCCAUUCUCCUCUGGUCUGGUUUUUAGUGGGUAUACGGAGGAGGAAGUCUGGGCUCCCCAAAGAACAUGGUUUCCAGAGCACACAAGCUGCUCGUCCUCUCCUUGUGAGCUUCUAGGUUCCACUGUAUCCUGGACCUCACCUUCACAAAAAAGUGUGAUGUACCUAAAUCAGAGCCAUGGAUCCCAGGAUGCCACAGAUGACUCAAUUGCAUUUAGUGCAGUCUUUCCAUGUAGCUAAGUAUAACACAUGGUGUGCCUUGAGAGGAUGCCAGGUGUCACAUGUCCCAGGCCCCAGCCCCUGGGGAAGCUGGUGUGUAACCCUUCAUGUGCCAACAUUUAUCGCCUCCCUGAAUCCCUCUCUUUGCUGUUCCACUCUCCCCUUUGACUCCAUGGCAGACACAGUGCUACGUGCUCACCCAGUUUCCUGCUUUUGCACACAGCUAAAUUUCAUUUCUCAGCAUCCUUCAAUUUUAGAGCCAUGUGAGAGAGGCUGUUUCAAUGGGGACUUAGGCCAGUUUCAGGCCUGGCUCUGAAAAAUGCCCUAUGCAAUUCUCCAGCUCUCUUGCCCUGGGCUACAGCCUCCAGGUAGGAGACUGCAGGGGAGAGGCAGGCUUCCUGACCUGCAUUGGAGUGAGAUAAGAGCAGGGAAUAAACUUUUUCUGGCAAACCACUGUGCUUUGAUGGUUAUUAGUUAUUGCAGAUUAGCUUACCUCAGCCUGAUUGACCAGCCCAGCUCUUCAGAGUUCUUCUUCUUAUGUCCAGGUUCCUCAAGAUACAAUAGGAGGCCAGGUACAACUUCCACUCCCCCAAGCUCCCUACUUAAUGCAGUCCCAUGCCACAGCAAUGUGUGGGACCCUCUGGCCACAUUAUCCAUCAGUUACUGAAGUGGAGAUUGAAGAGCAGAUUUUCUGCAAAAAAUAUCUAAAGAGUAAAUAAAAUGUUUUUGCAUA